GCUGCGGGGGAGCUGCUCAUUAUGGGCGCCAACGUGAAUGCGUGGAGCAGCUGGACGGUCCUCCACCAGUGGAUCGACGAGCAGGUGGCCGGCGGGGGGCUAGAGGCGAAGCCACAUGCCUUUUGCCUCCAGGAGACCAGGCUGAAGAGCGAAGCAGCGCUGAUCUCGGCGCGCAGCCAGGCAGCCCUCGCCAACAGGAGAAUCACGCUGGGCAAGGCGUGCUCGACUGGCCGCGGGGCCCUGGAGAGCUCGGGCGGGGUCGCAGUCAUGGCGCACCGCGGGAUUGCUUCGGCGGCCGAGCGCCUGGACGUUGGGGACCUCGGGCACCGGAUAUGCGGGCGCCGCCUCGGCGCAUCAGUGCCGGGCGGAGUGGUGCUUCUGUCCGUAUACUGUGAGCACAGCGUGGGAGCGGCGGGGAACGCCGAGCUCCUCGAGCGCCUGGCCAGGAUCACCCUCAGCCUCGAUGCCAUGUGGGUCAUCCAGGCGGACUGGAACAUGACGGGGGUGGAACUCGAGGCAUCAGGCUUCGUUGCCCUGGUGCGCGGCGCGGAAGAGGCAGGCCGCACCAUAGACUUCUUCGUCAUGUCGCAGGCCCUGCGGAGCUGUGUGCGCUCCGUCCAGGCGCUCCCAGAGGCACCGCUACAUCCGCACGCCCCGAUGCUGGUCAAGCUGGCGGGCCUGCGCAAUGACCAAGUGGUGCCCAGGCCGCUCCGCUCCAAGGCCUUCUGUCACACCCCGCUCAUAGGGCCCAAGCAGGACCAGCUGCCAUUUGCCUGGAGCUGGGAGGCUGGGCGGUCCGGCGAGGCUCCGCUGGAAAUCAUGGUCAAGGAGCGGUUCUCGAGCUCGACCAUCGCCUGGAUCAGCCUCCUGUCGCUGCUCGGGAAGGCGGCGACAGCGGCCUCCAACCAUCCUGGCCCCAGGGUUGGGGCGGCCCCAUCCAGCUUCCGCAGGGGCAAGGGCUCAUCCUUGCUACAGCAGUGGAAGCGCAAGCUGCUAGCGAUGGCCGAGGAGUUGGACUUCUCCGAGGCGGUGCUGACCAAGCCUCGCCUCCUCGAGCUUGUCGAGGUGGCGACGAGCCCAGGAGGCUGGGAAGCUGCGGGCUUCGGCGAGCACGACGGCAACGGCUGCAGCGUUGCCCCAGGAGGGCCGCGGGCCCGCGGGCUCAAUGAGAGCAGCGCCCUGGCGGGCGCUGCCAUCGCGCCCUGCAGAGGUGCAGCUCCGACUGGUGGCGGGGUCACUCCAGGGGUCCCCGUCUCUGCCGAGAUCCCUCACCGGAGUGGUCAUGCCUCGCCCCUUGCCCUGCUCCGCCAGGAGGUCCUUCGGCGCCGCGCCAGGGACGCCACGCAGCGAAGCCAGGAUUGGAAGGCCUGGGUGCAGAAGGCGGCGCAAGGAGGUGGGCGGCUGGCCCACCGCUACGCCAGGCGCAAGGACGAGGACACCGGGGACCUCUUGGUUGAAGAAGCUGAUGGCAGCGCCCG